AUGCCUGACUUUCAGGUUGUCGAAGAUGUCUGGCAUGAGAUAUGCGAGUAUCUCGAGACCAGAGACCUUUUCAACAUUUGCUUGACAUCCCGCACUAUCAAUCAUGUUGGCACUCGCUAUCUCUAUCGAAAGAUCAAGUGGAAUUGGAAGGGAAAGAAGUCUCGAUACCGAAUUAUGUCGCUGUGGACAGCCCUUGUCCAAGACAAGGACAAACGCAGCCGCCUGUGUGGCUUUGUCCGGGAGGUGCAUUUACUGGGGAGCACUCCUCCUAAGGAUACUCGGAUGGUUGAAUGCCCCGAGAUCCACGAGAGUAACCCUAGCUCACUUUCUAUCAUCAGAAGUGAUAAGGUGCCCUUUUACCAGGAGAUCGACUAUCUCCGAGAUGUUGUGAGUAGCGUCGUUGAAAGUCCGAAGGGCCGUUUAGCAUGGUUCGAGUCCAUUGCAGCGCGAAACGUCUAUGCCUUGGUGGCCCUCCUCCUACCUCUACUCCAUAACCUGAGGUCUCUCAAGCUCGAUUACACCUUCGCUGUCAAUGGCGGAUAUCCUGGACAAAUGAUUGAAUCCCUUACCUCUGGUAAAGAGAUACAUUCCGCAGAGUUGCAGAAUAACUUUGAGCACCUCGAAGUCUUCGAUUAUGGAACGAAUGCACUGCACAACAAUCUGCCGCAUUCAUGCGAUAAUACAUAUAUUCGGAUGCGUUAUUCAUCACAAUUGAUCCCGAUAUUCCAGUUACAGCAGGUCAAGCACCUUAAGGUCUGGCUACGUAGCCGGCAUGGCCUUCUUCUCGCGCGGAUUCCAGAUGUUCAGAUGGAUCACUGGGCACUAGAAACCCUUGUUUUAGACCAUAUUUCAGUAAUGGACUGCGCGCUAUUCAAGAUCUUCAAAAGAACGAACAAGCUUCGCAGCCUUCACCUUGGUAUGAACGCCGAAGAGAAAGAUUUCUGCAAAUACAUUUGGAAUGGACUGAGAGCUUUGUGUGGUUGUCUGGAGCACCUCUCGAUCAGUUUCUCUAUCACACCAAGAAGUCGGGAGUAUCACAUUGACACCAUAAUGUGGGGCCCCCUUUUCAGACAUAUGACGGCUGGAUUCUUUCAGGAUUUUACUCGGUUCAAGACACUUGAAUUGCCGAUCCAGAUGCUUAAUGGAUUCAGGGAUAUAAUGGAGGUUGGUAUACAGCAAGAUUUGCCAGUAACACUGGAAAAGCUUGGCCUGCGGUGGGACUUCCGUGACGUGGAAAGCUACGAUGUGCCGACAGCUACAGUGCGCAUUCUCUUGGUGUUGACGGAAUUCCUUCGGUUGCCGGACCGUCAUCAACGGGUGCCUCUAUUGCAGGAGGUGAUUAUCCGUCUAUUUAUCGGCGAGGGUGGGCUUAGUAGGACAGUGGUAGAUUGUGACGAUCUGAUUGAGCAAUUCAACAUGACUGUGGACGAACGGACCUUGAUGCUCAACGACGUAUCACUGAACAUACGCGGGAUUUUGCCAAACCAUCGACGACGAUCCCACCCAAGCUCAACUCAUUUCUCUCUCUUGUUACCAGACCGCCAGACAUAA